UAAACCUGACGUGGGUCGCAGCCGAGCGCUUAGAGCGACAGCAGCGUGUGUGCGCGCGAGAGUGUGUGCGUGUGUGUGACGGGGACAGAGUUGCGGCAGGGCAGAUCAGAAAGUGCCUGUAGCUAUUCUUUGGCCGGCUCGCGCAGUCCUCUUUGGACCGCCAGAGUCGCACGAGACUGGCGACACGCUCCGAAGCCAGUCGGCUGGCCGCGUGUGACCCGAGAAUCCCUCACUGAUGACCAGACUCGGGCUGCUCUGGCACGAAAGGUGGAACUAAACUACAUGAAUUGAUUUGAGAGCGAUGAACUGGCAGCAUGGCCAAGUGGUUCAAGGAGCACCUAGGAUUCAAAACUACCAAAACACCACCACCGGCUCCUCCGAAACCGGACUACAGACACUGUCACACCGGUGUGCCCGGUGCGCCUGGCUUCCAACAAACAAGCUCCGGGACCACCUUUCCGAGUCCCGCUCAGCCGGACAUCCUCGCUGCCUACAAACUACAAAAGGACCUGGAUUUCGAGGAUCCGUACACUCCAGGUGGAAAUAUCUCAUUCCCCCCGAGCUUGAACACUGUGGGGUCACCGGAUAUCAAGUAUGUGUCACCAAAGCACCGACUUAUCAAGGUGGAAACAAUCGAAAAGAGCAGCCCAGCUCCCGGCGGGGGUGUCACGGUCACCCAGGCUGUCCCCGUAGGGAGCGUUAAAUCUCCUACUUCACCUCCCUCGGACCUCGACAACAAGGAGAAGCUCAUUAUUCUUGAAGACUACGCGGACCCUUUUGACGCUGAGCAGGCUGGCGGCACUCAGACCACCACAGAAAAAGUGACAACUGAGAACGAUGGUUACAUGGAGCCAUACGAAGCCCAGAAGAUGAUGGCAGAGAUCAGGUCUGGCGGGAGAGGUCCUAAGGACGGACCCGUGAGGCAGCUACCCUUGUACGACACACCAUACGAGCCAGCUGAGAACGGUGGCGACUCAGACCCUGACCGAUUGCGCUGCCCCAGAGAAAGCAGACUACCCCAGGAUGAUGAGCGACCCCCUGAGGAGUACGACCAGCCCUGGGAGUGGAAGAAGGAGAGGAUUUCCAAAGCCUUUGCAGCUCUGCUUUGUUAUGACUGCAUUAGCUACGAGGGCUCUGUAAAUGGCACUGGAUCAGAUCCCUACGGCAGAAAGGACUCCAAAUCCCUCACAGUAGAGAUUAAAGUGAUCAAGGACCUACCAUGGCCCCCUCCUGUUGGCCAGCUCAACACCAGCCCUCCCCCAAUGGAGGAGCUUGAGUCUCCUUCCCAGACAGCUCAGCCCUCGCCAGGACAGACGAGCUGUGACCAGCACCACCAUGUCCAGUUUGAUGGUGUGGAGAAGUCUCGAAUGUCGCCCACCAAGGAGGGGAAAACUCGCCCGCUGCAGCGACAUUCCAGUGGCUGUCUGGUCAACACCAAAAUGACUUCACUGGACCACUGCAGCUCCUCUCUCGGGGAACGUAUCGAUCCCACAAUGCCGCUGGAAAGCCAGUUCUGGUACCAUGGAGCCAUCAGCCGAACAGAUGCAGAGUCUCUGCUUAGGCUCUGUAAGGAGGCCAGCUAUCUUGUGAGAAACAGCGAGACCAGCAAGAACGACUACUCCCUCUCCCUCAAGAGUAGCCAGGGCUUCAUGCACAUGAAGCUGUCACGGACCAAGGAGAACAAGUACAUCCUGGGCCAGAACAGCUGCCCUUUCGACAGCGUGCCUGAGAUCAUCCAUUUCUACUCCAGCCGCAAGCUGCCCAUCAAGGGUGCUGAACAUAUGUCCCUGCUCUACCCUGUAGCCAUCAGGACACUAUAGUGCUCCAGGUCUCUUGCAGGCAUCUGCUUUGCAGUACUUUGGGCCAACCUGUGGCUCGCUGUUUCCUGUCCCUCUGGAAAGAGCCCACUAGGCUCACGGGAAGAUGAACAGUGGCAUCCUAAACUGCUGAUCUUGACUCACCUCACUGGCCAACAGAUUCCAGACCUGUUUGAAGGCCCUCUGCUUACUAUCUCAUACAUACAGACUCAGAUUUUCAGAAGUUUUUUAUUAUUUUAUUUUAUGUUAUGUUAUUUUAUUUUAUUUAUGAUAGACAUCCGCUUAGUAGAUCAGACUGACUAUCUACAGAACAUCAUUUCACUGACUGUUGAGCUGAUUACCCAUAGCACUUAAGACGUAAAGAAAAAGAAAGGUACAACUUAACGUUUGUCACUGGGAUUUAUCUUUUAGCAUAAACUGUUGUACCCUGUGUCCUGUGAGUACACAAAAUGACGAUUAUAUAUGAAAUGUGUGUUUGAGUGUCUCAUUCGGUUAGGCUCUGUUGCUACUGUAAUCAUAUUGCAAAGGGGAUUUGAAGAUUAUAAGAACUCUGUAAGGGAAGCAACAUUUAUGAUGCAUGUCGAGCAAUAUUGUCCACGUGUGCCUCAUACAGUGGCCGGGAUAUUAAAUAAACUGGCUGUGUAUGAAUGGAGCGUCCCCAGCUGCGUGGAAAGAACAAGCCUGUGAGCUGUGCAGACUGAUCUCUCUAUCUUGUCAUAGUGCAUGUUGUCUGCUAUCCAUCAUUGAGUGGGUGUAUCACACCAGUGACAAUGUAAGUACCGUGGUGUUGAGACAGGCAGGAGAGCAUGAUGGAUGGGUCAACCCAUCUGACACAGUACAUUUGGCUGAGGCUAAAGACCAGAGCCUGUCCAAAUGGACCAAAUUAUCCCCACUACCCCUGCUUAGAAUGGCUUUGCGUCGGGAGAAUGAAAUAUGCUUGUAUUGUCUACCUCAGAAAAUCAAUUUCAUUCGCCCAUGUGCAGAUCAAUAGGUACAAUGGGAUUGCAGACAUCGAUCUGCUCUCUCUUCGACAUUCCCAAUUCCCUUAAAGAAUGCAUCAUUAGUUUUAGGAAUAUGCUUUUUUUUUUUUUAUAUACAAUUAAU